UACAGAAUCACAAUGGACACCAGAUCGAUCAUAAAAGCUUCAGCAUUCCUCAUCUUGACGCUGAUCAGCACUCCAUCCAACCUUGCCAUCUGCUGUGCUUUCCUGGACAUGCUGCUAACUGAUGGCAAACUCAUGGCCACCGAUAUCAUCCUUUUCCACCUAGCCUUAUCCAACCUGAUGGUGGCACUAUCCCGCAGUGUCCCUCAGACACUGACUGCAUUUGGGUGCACCAAUUUAUUUGAUGAUUUGGGCUGUAAAGUUAUCGUCUUCUGCUUUCGCCUUUAUCGUGGCCUUUCCAUAAGCCUCACCUGUCUGCUGAGUGUAUACCAAGCUGUCAUCAUCUCUCCUGCCAUCACAAAGCUAGCAAUGCUGAAAAAUGGACUGUCAAGGAGUCUGGUACCCUUAAUCAUAUUUCUCUAUGUCUUUUGUGGUAGUACUAACGUGUACCCAAUUCUGUAUGCUGUGUCUAAACUGAUAAACAACACUGUGCCACCUUAUACAUUCAACCUGGAAUUCUGCUUUAUUCCAUACCCUGAUGGAGCCUCCUAUGUUUCGGCCGGACUCAUUAAUUUCUUUAGAGAUUUUUUGUUCAUCUUACUGAUGGCCAUCAUGAGUGUUUAUAUUCUGAUACUUCUCUACCAACAUGGCAAAAAAGUCAAAAGCAUUAGGAGCUCCGAUCGGGGUCAUUCAGAAGCAAGACCAGAAACCAAGGCAUCCCGAGCCGUGGUCACCUUGGUCAUCCUCUAUGUCAUCUUCUUUGGAGUUGACAAUGUUAUCUGGUUGUACUCACUCUCUGUCUUUAGAGUGGCAACACUUAUUAAUGACAUCCGGGUGUUCUUUGCCACCCUUUACACUUCGGUGUGCCCAGUUGUUGUCAUUGCCACCAAUCCAAAGGUCAAAGCAAAGCUGAAGGAGUUCAGCUUGAAGAGACUCCCUAAUUCAGUAAAGACCAUUAAUCCUACUGUAUAAGGGCAAGGCUCAGAACAUGAAUCAAUAAAUGAAAUGCAUAACAUACUAUAUCUUUAUCCUGUGGCUGUUACACACUCUAAAACCUGAUAAAAAGAUAUGAAAAUGGCAUGGAGCAAUGACUUUAUAGCAGCUCUGUAGAGAGAGCACAUCAUAAUAGAAAUGGACAGUAGACUGAGUGCUAGUCAAUGCAGAUCUGGCUUGAUGGAUUGAAUGGUCUUCCCUCGCUUAUCAAACUUUUUAUGUUAUUAUGAUAGCCCAAGUUGCAUGGGCAAAAGUCCAAUUUUUGCAACAGUUAGAUCAACUGCAAA